UCGAGCAGCCAAGAUCGGAAGGAAGUGCAUCCAGUGUUCGAUCUAGCAGUAGUAGCAGCAGCAGAAGCAGCUUUACAAAGUCUCCUUUGCGUGGCAACAAGAGAAAAGGAAGAGUCAUCCUCUCUCCUUUUUGUCCUUCCCGCCCUCCCACCCUCCUCCCCAAACAAUCCAGCAACCCUACUCCCUCGGAACACGAUGGUUUCGUUCAAGUUUGUGUGCGCGGUAGUGUGCGUGCUGGCGGUGGCCGGCCAAGGAUAUGCCGCGGAGGACGGUACGGUGCGCGCCCUGCGCAAAGUGUACUCGCUGUGCGAGGAUAGUGACGAGCUGCUAAAGUGCAUCAAGGUGCAGGCCCUCAAGCUGACCGACCGGGCGAUCAAGCUGCCAAGCAUCAAGCUGAUCGACGGUAUGGCGAUCGUGAAGAAGGCGGACGGUGGUGAAUCGAGCACCCGCGCCCUGAACGAGCCGACGCUCGGCGAACACGACCUGGCUAAGCUGUCCUCGGCCAAGAUCGACGAGCUGCUGUUCCAGCGGGCCCAGCGCUUCAUGGACGGACACCAGCUCCAGCUGAACGUGCCGCGUAUGCUCGCCUCCGGCCAGCAGGAAACCGGCCGUCUGGUCGAGGAAGGCCGCAAGAAGAUGAAGAAAUACCUCGGACCAUUCCUCGCUGCAAUGGCUAUCAAGGGAGGUAUCCUGACCAUGGUCUACCACUCGAUCGCCAUCGUCGCCGGUAAGGCGCUCAUCAUCGGCAAGAUCGCCCUGGUCAUCUCCGCCAUCAUCGGUCUGAAGAAGCUCGUCACCCCGGAGGGACACGAGAAGACGACCUACGAGAUUGUGAAGCACCCGCACGUCCAGCAGAGCCACACCUACUCCUCCAACCACGGUGACUUCGACACGCACGAGGCCGGCCAGUUCCACCGCAGCUUCGGCAACUCCGUCGACAUGGUGAUGCAGGAUCGCGCCUACCGUGCCCACGUCCCCAAGAACUAAGCCACUGCCUUCGCCAGUGACUGGUGUGGAUGGUGAUGAUGACGACAACUAAUACCCUCUCAAAAGAAAAGGAAACCCUGGCCAUAACCGCACACAAAAAUCGAAACUACUGCGAGCUGCGAAACCACGUUGUCGCGCAAACGGAAGCAAUGGAGAACGCCUUACGCUUGGGUCGGUCCAGCCACCUCGCCCAUCUCACGGUGAAGGCGUUUGGGGGACUGCUAACUCCACCGCUUCAAUCCAGGGACCAACUCAACAACUCAUCGGAUCUGCUGCGGUCUGCGCUUAGAAUUAAGCUAUCGUCGCUUCGCCGGAAUCGAACCGAAUCGGUUCGAUUUGGAGCAGCCGGCACAGUUCAACGUGCGCCAAGCAACCGGAAGAGCCAACACAACCUCCCACAACUACCAAUUCAGCCAAACACCAAAAACAAACAGUCUACACUCCAGGUGCCCUGGAUCUAACACUUCGCAUGCACACAGACCUACACAAACACGCCCCUCACACACCACUAGACAAGCAGGCGGAAGCGAAUCUGCCAUAGCGCAGAAAGGGUUCACGUGUUUUGUAUUUAUAUAAUUAAUUUAAAUUAUUUAUUUAUUAAACCUCAAUCCCCAAUUCCGUCUCCCGAACAACUCGCCCAUUUCAUCAGCAGCUCACGUUGGCGCCCGGUGCAUCUUGCUGCUCCAGUGGAGGGGCCUGAAGCGCCGGGACAACGGAUGCGGGCGAAUCUUUUGUCGUCUUCUUCCAUUUCCGCGAGCAGACGUUGAAAUGUGUAAUUAAAAUUCCAAAACAAAUCGAGCAAAAUAAAGAAUUAUCAUUCAAAAAAUAAA